CAGCUAGUUGUGAUGUUGCCAAGCGUUUACCAGGACAUAGGCUAAUUUUUGUUUUGAAACUCAAGACCGGAAGUGCUGCUGUAUCGCUCAGGCUAACCGGCUAACCUAACACAGCAAGCGCGACUUCGCUUUAUCGCGAGAUUCGCGAGUCACGCAGGCUGUCAGCUCCGGAAAGUUUGGAUGGUUUGUUGUCUGUAUCAUUAGAUGAACUGCGGUGGUUCUGCUCUGACAACAUGAAGUCCACAUGGCUGCCAUGCUCUCUGCUGCCGCUGCUCUUAGAGGUGAGCUGUGUGUCUCCUCAGGAAAGCAGUAAGCCCAACUUUGUCCUGAUGAUGGUGGAUGACCUGGGAAUUGGAGAACUUGGCUGCUAUGGCAAUAAAACACUGAGGACUCCCAAUAUUGACCAGCUGGCACGGGAAGGGGUGAAGCUCACACACAACAUCGCUGCAGCGAGCCUAUGCACUCCCAGCAGGGCAGCAUUCCUCACCGGACGAUACCCGAUACGAUCAGGUAUAGCUGGUUAUAGCAGACCUGCUGUCUUCAUUUUUAAUGCAGCAUCUGGAGGCCUUCCCAGCCAAGAGCUUACCUUUGCUAAGAUUGCCAAACAAGAAUGCUAUGAGACAGCUCUUGUAGGAAAAUGGCAACUAGGACUUAACUGUGAACGCAGUGACGAUCACUGCCACCACCCCAGCAUUCACGGCUUCAACUAUUUCUUCGGUAUCCCCUUGCCCAACAUGCGGGACUGCCAACCUGGACAUGGCACUGUGUUCCAGAUCCAUAAGUACUUACCAUACAGGACACUGGCUAUCGUAUUGGUCACUGCAGCCUUACUCCACUACAGCAGAAUCACCACCCUCUCCAUUGGGGUGAUUGUGAGCUGGCUGUCUCUGUUGCUCGUGGUCACAGGUCUGAUAGCAGGAUUCAUCAUGAUUAUCCCAUACUUCAACUGUGUUCUCAUGAGGGACCACAGAGUUGUGGAGCAGCCGUUCACAUCUGAAAACCUGACACAGAGGAUGACUCAUGAGGCAGUGGACUUCAUAGAAAGGAACUCAGCCAAGCCUUUCCUGCUGCAUUUCUCUUUCCUCCAAGUGCACACAGCCAUGUUUGCUUCUGUAGCGUUCAGAGGAACGAGCCGACACGGCAUCUAUGGAGAUGCCGUCCAUGAGGUGGACUGGAGUGUAGGUCAGAUCAUUCAGACUCUGGACAGACUCAAACUGAGAGAAAAUACUCUAGUUUACCUGACUUCAGACCAGGGGGCUCACCUGGAGGAAAUCUCUGCCAGAGGGGAGGUCCACAGAGGAUGGAAUGGAAUAUUUAAAGCAGGGAAGUCCACAAAUUGGGAGGUCCCAGGAAUUCUUAGCUGGCCAGGAAAAAUCCCCAGUGGUGGACAGGUAGACAAGCCCACUAGCAACAUGGACCUGUUUCCUACAGUGGUGCACCUGAGUGGAGCAUCAGUCCCAGAGGACAGGGAGAUAGAUGGUCAUGACCUCAUGGAUUUGCUUCAGAGGAGAGUUGAAUGGGAGUUGAACCAUGAGUUUCUGUUCCAUUACUGCAAUGCCUACUUGAAUGCAGUCAGAUGGCACCCCCAGAACAGUAGCUCAGUGUGGAAAGCCUUUUACUUCACUCCAAACUUCUACCCAGAGAGCGAGACGGCCUGUUUCCACACACAUGUCUGCUUUUGCACAGCGGACUAUGUGACCUACCACAAUCCUCCACUACUCUUUGAUCUCUCGAGGGACCCAUCAGAAACCACGCCACUGACUCCUGACACCGAGCUGGCCUUUCACUCCAUCCUGGCUGUGAUGAAAGAGGCUGUGGAGAGGCAUCAGAGAUCGGUGAAGCCUGUGGAGAGCCAGAUAUCUGCAGGGAAUGUGAUGUGGAAGCCCUGGCUGCAGCCCUGCUGCUCCACAUUUGGGCAGCUCUGUCAGUGCCAGUAGGACCAAUAGGACGUCAUUGGGGCUACGACAGUUGAUCAUUUCGGUGACAGCAAUGACAUCAAACUAAUCUCAUGUGUGACCCCAGCACUAUUUUAGUGACUCCAUGAGACUUUCAUACAGCAACCUCAACACAAAUCUUAGGGGAAAAAAAUUCAAAACAGUAUUUAUUUUACCUGUUUCUCUGUAGCAGGUUGGAUCUUCAGAGGUAUUUUUUCAGUCUUUUAAAGGCAGGGGAGAUGAUGGUCAUAAUAGUUAGGGACCAAACAAAAGCUUGCAAAAAAGCAAAAGUAGUUAUUUGCACAAGAGACCAAGCAGAAAAUGUGAAAUUGGCAAUUAAGCUGCUCUAAGUGGGUUCACAAAUGCACGUGCCAAUACACGUGGAUAGAAUGAUACACAGUCCUGCUGUGAUCUGUUCCACUGAUCAACAGUUGGUGGUGGUGAUGCACCAAGAAAUGCAGCUUACAGGCUAGAAAACAUGGCUGCAAACAAGGAUGAGAUCGAAGUAUUCAAACAUCAGCCUUGCAAAUGUUUUAAGAAGGAAAUACAUUUGUUAAACCUCAAGGAUACAAACUGCAUUUUGAUUCAAACCAAUCAAUUUAAACAACUUUAAUUUACUUUUUACAGUGGUUUUACACUGUAUUAGUUAGAAAUGUUAUGUCGAUAAUGUAAGGGAGUAUUGUACGGUAUAUAUAGAAAUGACUAAACAUAAACAGAGAAGAUGAUAAGCUCUCAUAAAUCCAUGGGCUCUUUAAAUAUAGCUCAGCAAACACUGGUACUGUUAGAGUGUUGCAGAGUGUAAACCAGAGGCCUGCAGUUUGAACUGUAUGUGUUGUCUGUGCCUCUCUGUGUGUAGUAUUUUUAGUAAGUUGAACAGUUUGCUGUUAGCUGUUUACUAUAGCUACUCUCUUGUUGAAAGUGUCUGACAGCUGUCAAACACUGUCACUUGUGUAAGUAUGUCUAUGUCUGAAUGUA